AUGGAGGAUCCUUUGGAGUACGAACUGCUUCCCCUUCCCCACGAGAUCACGCACCGGAUCGUGCUCGCUUGUCGCAAGGACGUUUCUGUCGAGCAGCUCAGCAACCUGCGUCUGCUGAACAACCCUGGAAAGCCGCCAUCGAAGCCGGCCGGUUGGAAGAAGGAGAACUGUAAGGACGAGGUUCAGAGUCUUUGCGCCAAGCAACGACAUUCUCCCGUUCUCACCCAACUCGAUCCGACUUUCCUGCAACUCCGCGAACGAGACGGGUUGACGGCGAUUCUCCUUUCCGAUGCUGACGCGAGCGACAAGUGGCUCGCGCGCGAGCGUCCAGCCUCGACUCCUCCCGGAGAGAAAGCUUUCCGCCGGACUCAGAGCCUCCGGAGAUUUGAUUUCCAGGACUCGGUGACGGGUGUCGUUCCGGUAUCAUUCCGGUGCAAUUCCGCUGGUCUUCCGGUGACCCGGCCGUCUGGCACUGGCUGCCUUGUGAUGGGCCAGUCGAGCGCUGUUUUGCUGAGAGAUGGGUCGGAGGCUCAGGAGCGCCGGGUCAAACCUGCGCUGGCGUGGGGAACUAGAGUCGGGGGGUUGUCAGGUUAUUUGGGCGUCCCCAUUUUCGGCCGAUGGUGCGAAGAGCAACGGAAAAGGGGGGGGUGA